AGUCCUAGUGACCAGGGGAGAGUCCUAGUGACCAGGGGUGAGUCCUAGUGACCAGGGGUGAGUACUUAGUGACAAGGGGUGAGUCCUAGUGACCAGGGGUGAGUCCUAGUGACCAGGGGUGAGUACUUAGUGACCAGGGGAGAGUCCUAGUGACCAAGGGUGAGUCCUAGUGACCAGGGGUGAGGGGAGAGGUCGAGGGAGAUCGUCCUACAUGCCCUGGUGUCCGAGGGAGGAGAGGUCGAGGGAGAUCGUCCUACAUGCCCUGGUGUCCGAGGGAGGAGAGGUCGAGGGAGAUCGUCCUACAUGCCCUGGUGUCCGAGGGAGGAGAGGUCGAGGGAGAUCGUCCUACAUGCCCUGGUGUCCGAGGGAGGAGAGGUCGAGGGAGAUCGUCCUACAUGCCCUGGUGUCCGAGGGAGGAGAGGUCGAGGGAGAUCGUCCUACAUGCCCUGGUGUCCGAGGGAGGAGAGGUCGAGGGAGAUCGUCCUACAUGCCCUGGUGUCCGAGGGAGGAGAGGUCGAGGGAGAUCGUCCUACAUGCCCUGGUGUCCGAGGGAGGAGAGGUCGAGGGAGAUCGUCCUACAUGCCCUGGUGUCCGAGGGAGGAGAGGUCGAGGGAGAUCGUCCUACAUGCCCUGGUGUCCGAGGGAGGAGAGGUCGAGGGAGAUCGUCCUACAUGCCCUGGUGUCCGAGGGAGGAGAGGUCGAGGGAGAUCGUCCUACAUGCCCUGGAGAGGCGCAGGGCAAGUGAAGACAUGGUCGAUGAGGUCAAGUGUGUUAAGAGGUAAGGUAUGGGGCAAGGAAUUGAAACUAUAAGACCAAAUCGCAACAGUGACGACUGCUUUAACUGGAGAAGUUUGGGUUCAGGAAGGGUAUUGGGAAGCACUGGUUUGGUAAUAGGUCGGUACACAAGAGGAAUAGGUUGCUGUUCAACAGCAUAAAUGGCUUUAAAAAUAGACUUGAUAGAUAAGUGAACCUGUUGGACAAGAAUGAGCUAUCUGGCUGCUGAAGUGACUCUACUUAUGCUUCUUUUAGGUUAUCCUUAUUUUUUUAUUUAAUUAUAUCCAAAUUGUUUCCAUUUGUGACUCAAUUUUGCUUUCCUGUUUGACACAACUUUUCAAGUGACCUACAGUGAUAAUCUUCCUUGUCUAAUUCGUCAAUAAAGAUGAAACAAUUUUUAUAUCGUCAAAAUAUGUUCAACUAAUACACCCCUGAUAUCAACAUUCAUCCAUGUUUUUGUAAUUGCAAUAAUAUCUGUUAUUUUGCCCACAAGUGCAUAUCAUCAUUUUUCUAAUACUCAUUCUAUCAGCAUAAUUCCUUAAUGGUGUUGCUAUGUUUAAGCUUGGGUCAUCUUGCAAUAUCACUUUUGUCGCCAGAAAUCUUGAUAAAAAAUAAUUGUAUUAUUUUAACCAAAUGGUUUUUGAUAGUUGUUAUAUUGAGGACAUUCUGU